GAGAGUAGCAGUAGGUUGACUAAAAUUUUCACAUAGCUUAAGGCUGCAGUACCAAAUGAUAGCUGUGCGCAAUGCGAUAUAAAAUUUUUGCAUAGAUCACGCGUUAAAACUAAAUCUGAUUGAAAAGUUAAACUAAAUCGCAAAGCAAAAACUGCAUUUAACGCCAAAAUGGUGAGAACCAGCAAAAACUUGACACACAAAGAAUGGACACUACUCAUCAUUUUCGUCAUCUAUUGGUUCAUUUUCUUUCCAAUUAUUUGGUUUGUCAUACAGCCGCGAAUAUUUUUGGUCGAUAAAUCAGCGACGAUUUUAUACGCAGUAAUAUUAGUCGCUAUCUACGCUGUUCUGCAUUGCAUCAUCUACAUCUGCUUCAAACGUUAUGAGCAGAAGCGCGGGAAAGAGCUAGAGCGACGCAUCUACUCGUUACCCAAAGGCAUUACGCCCGAGGAUAUAAGAAAUAAGCCACUCUCCUUGGAUGCUUCGUUGUACGUACCAAAAAAACAACGUGUUAGUAUGCGAGUAGAGCCGCCAACAGUGCCGAAUGCAGCAGCAACAGCUACAAACGGAAGUGAAAAUUCAUAUGAGACGGAUUCCCGACGGGGCAGCAAUGUAACCAUACCAUUGUAUAUCAAAGAGAAUGACGACGGAAAAGUGCGUUUCAUAUCCAGUUAUGAGCUUUACUAUGAUGGAGAAAGAUUUCGUGAUGAAGUGUAGAUGGAAUUGAGAAGAAAUAAGUUUAAAAAUAUUUAAUAAUUGAUUUAUAUCAUCAAGUACUAAUUGAUAUUCUCAUAUAAAAAAAAAGCCAUUGUAAGAAGACAUUGCAGUUCUGCAGAAUGCAUUUAUUUUUAUAGUAUCUAAAGUAUAAGCCGAAUUCAGCUACCUGGUAGGAAAAUUGUGGUUUCAAAUUGUGAAAACAAAAUUCAUAAAUCAAAUAAUGAGCAUCGAAAUAUGUACAUAUGGGGAAAAAGGAAAAAAAUAUUUUAUGGCAGCAGUGUGUAGAAUAGUUUUUUCUACCGCGGCUUUUCUUCGAGUUAUUCGAGUUUAAACAUGCAGAUUUCAACCCUUUUUCUUAGAGUCACAAGUUUUCUUAAAAUUCUUGUCUCAUGUCACACUUAUGAUGGAGAAUCGA